AUGGCCACCGCGGCUUCCAAUCCCUAUCUGGCCAGCAAUAGCAUCUUAUCGUCCGGCUCCAUCGUGCACUCGGACUCGGGAGGCAGUGGCAUGCAGCCGGGCAGUGCUGCUGUUACCUCGGGCUCUGGGGGCUACAGAGGAGACCCCUCCAUCAAGAUGGUGCAAAGUGACUUUAUGCAAGGCGCAAUGGCAGCGAGCAACGGGGGGCACAUGCUGAGCCAUGCCCACCAGUGGGUGACCUCUCUCCCGCAUGCCGCCGCAGCAGCAGCAGCAGCCGCGGUGGCCGCCGCCGAAGCCGGCGCCCCCUGGUCCUCAAGCCCGGUCGGCAUGACGGCCAGUCCGCAACAGCAAGACGUGAAAAACUCCGCCCGAGACGACUUGCACACGGGCACGGCGCUUCACCACCGGCCGCCGGUGCCGUCUCACUUAACGCCCCAUCAGGCGCACGGGGGAGCUUGGGGCAGCGGCACUGCGGCGCACAUUAACUCCAUAUCUGGUGGACAGCAGCAGCAGCAGUCGCUCAUCUACUCCCAGCCGGGCGGCUUCACUGUGAACGGCAUGCUCAGCGCUGGCAGCCAGAGCCUGGUACACCCCGGCUUGGUGAGAGGCGACACCCCGGAUCUCGACCACGGCAGCCACCACCAUCACCAUCACCAGCACCAUCCCCACCACCAGCACCACGGUGGCGUCAACAGCCACGACCCGCACUCAGACGACGACACGCCGACCUCUGACGACCUGGAGCAGUUCGCCAAGCAGUUCAAGCAGCGGAGGAUCAAACUGGGCUUCACGCAGGCGGACGUGGGCCUCGCGCUGGGCACUCUCUACGGCAACGUCUUCUCGCAGACGACCAUCUGCAGAUUCGAGGCUCUGCAGCUCAGUUUCAAGAACAUGUGCAAGCUCAAGCCGCUGCUGAACAAGUGGCUGGAAGAGGCCGACUCGUCCACCGGCAGCCCCACCAGCAUCGACAAGAUCGCCGCGCAGGGGAGGAAGAGAAAGAAGCGCACGUCCAUCGAGGUGAGCGUCAAGGGAGCCCUGGAGAGCCACUUCCUCAAGUGUCCCAAGCCCUCGGCCCAGGAAAUCAGCAGCCUGGCGGACAACCUGCAGCUGGAGAAGGAGGUGGUCAGAGUGUGGUUUUGCAAUAGGAGACAGAAGGAAAAGCGGAUGACGCCCCCGGGAGUGGCGCAGACGCCGGAGGAUGUGUAUUCUCAGGUCGGCAAUGGGCAUUUUUUAGUAGAUUACUUAAAAGAUGCAAGUGAGGCGAGCGACCAGAGGGUGACAACCACAAGUUCAUUCCACCAGGUAAUUUUGGCGCAUUGAGACCCCAACACACCCCCCACACCACCAUCACCAAGUUUUGUUUUGAUGCCCCACGCCCACCCUCCAAAA